AUGGCCGAAGUCAACGGCAUCGCAAAGCACGAAGAUACCAGUACGGUUUCCGCAUCACACCUGGGUAAGCGGAAGCGCACGGUUUCCCCCGAAGUUGCGCCAAAAGACACUGCUCUACAAUCGACCCUACAAGAUGUCCUGCGAGUUCUUCGCAAACAUGACACCACUCCGUCGCUUCUCAAAUACCCUUUGUCUUCAUCGAAGUCCGGAGCACCUGACAUCAAACGGGCCCGCCUUGUCAAGUCAGAAUCCGCCAACGAUACUAUCGAGGAUCGCAUUUUGACGGGCUCAUAUGACUCUUUCCGCGCCCUGAAAGAAGAUAUCCGAAGUGUUCAAGAUGCCCUGAUCACCGACAUAUCUGCUACAACACAGAAUGGCAACGUCGAAACCGAUGUCCAAGGGCAAUUAUCAACGCUAAUAAAUGUGCUCGACAAGUAUGAAACUGAGUCUUCAGAAGUCGCCAAAAUCAAAAGUGAAGACUUCCCGGGGGCGGACUUGAUCAGCUCAAAUUCUAAACAGUUCCUCUCUCUGCGCAGCCAAGUCAAUGGUGGUGUCCAGAUUCUCUUCUCGGGCCUCCAGGUUCCUCAACAACCCGGAAAUGACUGUGCAGCUGUUAUACCCGAGACUGAAUGCUCAAGGCUACCUAACGGAUUCGAACUUACAGACUUCUCGUCAUUGGGUGGAGAUCAAGAUGCAACGAAGAAGCAAGAAAGGAGGUCGUUCGGGACAGUCUUUCGUCCGAUCGGCCGAGUCAAGCCUCUAGAUCUGCCGCACACGGCAAGGGACGUGGCGAGAGGCAACAAUCUGGAAUUCAUUCCAAACUCUAGCCGGACAGAGAAUCUACCCCAGAACAAGCACGACUACAAGUUUGCGAGAUUGGCUACGAGUUCAUGGCUCUCAUAUUCUACCACAAGUACCCAAUCACAGCAGGAUAGGAGGAAGGUACAGCCGACGUCCAGAAACAAUGAUUUCAAAGCAGCCCUCGAGGCCAACAGCGUGCGACAUGGUCAUGACCUGACUGCAGAUGAAUUGUUCAGCUCUGUCUAUUGCUCCUUCGCGCCAACCUCAGACAAUGCAUAUUCUCUUGUCUCUGCCAAAGACAAAAGUCGGCAAUGGUGGCAACAUCACGGCGAGCAAAAGCUGUCAAGGCUUUUCAGGACAAGGGACACGGUAACAUCACUUGUUGAUGGACAAAAUGGAGGAACAGAAGACAAAGACGAGUUCGCCGAGUUGGUCGCGAACUUCAAGCCUGAAGAAGACGAGGCAGAAGAAGCCCAACCUGAAGCCUCAGAAAAGGAUGUUGAGAAACUUCUGGGAGAGGUUUCCGAAAUGAUUGAAACACUCAGCUCCUAUCAGAGGAACCGCAGCCUUGAGACCAUUGUGUCUGGCGCCGUACCGAAGCCAACACACCCGGAAAUCGACACCUUUGAGAUGCUGAGAGACCAACUGAACAUCUUAGUCUCGUCAUUGCCUCCUUUUGCCGUCGCCAAACUCAACGGCGAUCAACUCGAAGAGUUGAACAUCUCCACAAGACUUGUUGUCGAAGUGCCAGACUAUCCGGGGACAGGACAAAUAGAUGACUACAUGACGCGUCGACAAAAGAUAGCCCACCAAAACACAACGGCAGUAAACCGUACGACGGGGACACCUCAACAAGUUCGCCCGAACUAUUCUCAAACACAGGGGACUCCGAUAGCAUACAACACCCAAGUUCGAAACUACAAUGCUUCUGUGCCCGCCACUGCAGCUUACGGCAUUCGAGCACAACAGAGUUAUCAAACCCCCACCAUUGCGCGACCAGCCUAUCAGCAAAAUGCAUAUCAAGCUUCGGCAACCCCUUACUCAUCGUCUCGACCCACGAUACAACAGUUUCAGCGACCCUCCAUGCAGAAUGGUUAUGGAAGUUAUGGCAGCAACGCGUCAGCGCCGACCCAGACACAGCCGCAAACCCCGGGCGGGUAUCGACCGACUCAACCCGGAUAUCAACAACGGGCACAAGACAAUGCUGCCACACUGGCGCGAUCUGCCUCACCGCAGAAGCCAAUAAUCAAUGGUGUUCCGGGGCAAGGACACCAAUACCCGCGUCGGCCAUAUCAGACUCCGCAAAGUCAGCAACCACAGACACCGUACACUUAUCAGCAGAGGCAGGUUUCUGGGACCCCCAGCACACCGAUAGCAGCUGCAGCUGCAACAAUUCGGGGUCCAUACGAUGGCAGAUACGACGGUGCAACGGAUCGGAGCAGCAAUGCUCCGGGCGAUAGUUCCUCUCAGACUAUAGAGGUUUCUCGGUAA